GAAAGGAAGGGGAGGAGCCGCGUCGGCCUGUGGGGAGCGGGGUAGCUGUUGGCUUGGUGUUGUUGAAGUGGCGCCUUCCUUACCCCCCCCCCCCCCGUGUUUGCUUUGCUCGCCGCUGUUUUUUUUCCCCAGUGGGCUCCCUUUUCCCGUCCGACCCCCGACAUUCCCGUUAGGGAGCCGCUCAUUACCGUCCGCCGCAUGGAGGUCGGUCGGUGCGAGCCCCCUUCCCCGAUCACCGCCGGGCAGGAUAAGGCUCCCUUCCCUCCCAUUCUGAAGCGCUUCCACCCGCUCUACUUCAAGAGGGAGGGUGGACGCCUUCGCCCCCCCCCUCUGCCAUUCCCUCAGACUUGUGCUUAAAGGCGGGAAGAAACGCACAAAUUCUGAGGCGGUAGACUGGACUGUGCCAUUUAAGGUGGGGGAUGCUGCACAAAUGUAUUUCUGACUAGGUUUAUUCUGCUCUAUUAAGUCCUGAUAAAAACAGAGUGGCCAAGAGCUAUUAGGAUAGAACCAGUGUUGCCUCUUAAGAAAGAACUAAGGUGUUUUGCUUGCUAUUAAGGUAGCAAACGGGCCCGACCAGAAGCUGCUCGGAUCUUUUUGAUCUUCCUAAACCAUGGCUUGUGAAAAGCUGCCCCGCAUUACCGUCAGUUUUAAAUGAUGGCUUGCGAGUUUUGAAGGCUUCCUUCACCAAGCCAGAAUUAAAUAGCAGACCAACCUACUGCUGUAUGCACUCAAUCUUUGGGUUUGGUGGCUUCACUUCUUAAUCCCUGUGUCUUGGAUAGUAAGCCUAGAAGGUCUUGCUGGAUCCAGUUGUUUGGAAUGUGCUUGAACAUGACUUGGCAUUUUAUGAUUUCAGUGCUGGUCUAAAUGGCCAGUUGAGUAUAUAUGAGUCAUUUGAACAAGACAAUUUAUCUUAAACAUCAUUUACUGUUCUCUUCAUUUCCUACCUUUUUUUUUUUUUGCACAGCAGUGUGAUGCUAUGGUCUUUGCAGUUAUAAGGAAUAACGCCUGCAAAAAGAAAGAAGUAUAUUGAACGCUGGAAAAGAUGAAACAACUGAAAAGGAAAAGAAAAAGCAAUUUCAGUGUUCAGGAGACCCAAACUUUACUUAAAGAAAUCCGAAAAAGAAGAGAAGUGCUUUUUUCCAAACAGCUAAAUACAACUAUUAACGAGAUGAAGCGGAAGGCUUGGGAAGAAAUUGCAGAAUGUGUGAAUGCUGUAGGUGAAGGAGAACAAAGGACUGGGACAGAAGUCAAAAGGCGAUACCUUGACUGGAGGGCCCUUAUGAAACGAAAGCGACUGAAUACUAACAUAAAGUUGGUUGGAGCUGGCUUUCAUCUCCCAUCAUCUGAUCUGGAUGAUUCUCUCAAUGAAGAUAUUGAUGAGAAAAUAGGUUUUCCAAAUGAAUCUAAUUUUGAAUGGCAAAAUAUCACAGACUUUAGAGAAGCAGGUGGAUCGUUAACCGAAGUGAAAGUAGAAGAAGAGGAGGAAGAUCCACAAAGUUUUGAAUUUCCUAUUGAGGAAGAAGAGGAGAUUUUGUCCUCAGUUUUGCCAGAUUCCAAAAAGGAAAGUGACCUUCCCGAUUUCACCCAUAUUGAAGAAUUUGGAAAUCUAAGUUCUGCUCAAGCUAGGCUAGCUUAUGAAGAUUCCCACUUGCUGAUUAGCUUGGAGAAGCAGAAACUAGAGCUGGAAAAACAACGCCUGGAUAUUGAAGCAGAACGAUUGCAAGUUGAGAAGGAGCGUCUGCAGAUUGAAAAAGAGCGGUUGAGGCACAUUGACCUGGAACAUGAGAGGCUUCAGCUGGAAAAAGAGCGGUUACAAAUUGAGCGGGAAAAACUGAGGCUUGAAGCUCAGCAUGGUGAAAAACCUACCUUGGAGAAUGAUCCAAACCAGGCAGAAAAGCCUGUCCUACAACCUUUGGAUUUAGAAACAGAAAAACUGAAAAUUGAGAAAGAGCGUUUGCAGCUUGAGAAGGAAAGGCUGCAAUUCCUGAAGUUUGAAUCAGAAAAGCUGCAGAUUGAAAAAGAACGCUUGCAAGUGGAGAAAGAGCGGCUUCGAAUUCAGAGAGAAGGGCAUUUGCAGUGAACCUGGAGGAAAUCAUUACCAAUGUUGUGUUUUGUUGUUUGUACUUUUAAAAAAAUCAGAAUUGUAUUUUGGUUUCAUUAAAAGUGUUGGAUAGUCUGGUCUUCAAAGCAUUUCACUACCAAUGUUAUCACUUUGCUACUGUGGUAAUUACACUUUGAGAAUACUUUUGUUUUGGCCAUAAUUGAGCAUUAAUGUAUUCAUUAUUUUUUUUAAAAAAAAAGCUGGGAAUUGGUGCUCAGUAAGUUGUUGUGCCUGUAUAAAUAGAAUCUAUUUGUGAAAUUACAUUUUGGUGAAACAGAAGAAGUGUGAAUAUCCUCUUGUAUUCUCUGUUGUGAAACUUUACAUCCACAUUAAGAAUCAAGGCUUGGCUGUGUCUUGUCAUUUUGAGAGGGUUAUUCUAAAUCCAUAGGAACCUUUAAUGUAAAUUUAUGUCUGAGCUGAAGAAGUGAGUUUGAAAUAGGCCUUGCACAAUAAAGUUAACCUCAAAAGUUAUGCCUUUAAUGUAAGGCAUGUUCUUAAGAGAAAUUAAGGCCAGAGAUUAAAGCUCUUAAUGUUUUUGUUCUCCGUAUAUUUGUAAAGAAAAAAAGUUUCAAGUGUAUUAUAAGAGAUUUCACUUUUAUGUCUAAGCUUGACCAAACCUACAGCUUCGGUAUAUACUUUUGGAAGCUAGUUUGAUAUUCAAGUAUUUGAGUUGGAAUAUAUUUCUUGGGAUUUACAUAGAUUAUUUGGAUUUAUCAGUUUACUUACAUCCCUAUGUAAUUAUUUUUAUUUUGCAAAUAAAGUGUUAUUUUAUUAUUGAAAGAAGUGUGAUUUCAUAUUGUGAAAUAAAACAGUUUGAUGUAGAUUAAUUUAUUCCCUGUAAACUAUUUUUAAAA